AUGUCGGCCGCCGGCAGCAAAUACAUCGACACGGAGGUGGAAAACGCCAUCAACGGGGUGAAGCAGAUGAAGACCCUCAUGGACAAAAGCAGCAAGGAGCACCAGGCCAUCCUGCAGACGCUGGAGGAGACCAAGAGGAAGAAGGAGGAGGCGGUGCGGCUGGCGAGGGAGAAGGAGCAGGAGCUGGAGGCCACCCAGGAGGUGUGCAACGAGACCAUGCUGGCCCUCUGGGAGGAGUGCAAGCCCUGCCUCAAACACACCUGCAUGCGCUUCUACUCCCGGACCUGCCACAGCGGCUCCGGGCUCGUGGGCCGGCAGCUGGAGGAGUUCCUCAACCAUUCCUCGCCCUUCUCCAUCUGGGUGAACGGGGAGCGCAUCGACUCCCUGCUGGAGCGGGACCAGCGGCAGGAGAGACAGUUUGAGGACCUGGAGGAACGUUUCGGUUUGCUGGAGGACGGGGUGGACGACAUCUUCCAGGACAGCACCCAAGUCUACGGCCGCCUCUACCCCUUCUUCCGCCCCCCCUUGGGCGGGUUCCGUGAGGUUUUCCGCCCCCCCGUCCAGCACGUCCGCCUUUCCCAGCGCGGGGGGAGGCUUUCCCGGGAUCUGCAUCCUUUCUUCCAGCAUCCCUACCACGGCUUCCACCACCUCUUCCAGCCCUUCUUCCAGAUGACCCAGCGGAUGCUGGAGGAGGCGCAGGGCGGCUGGGAGCACCCGCUGGGUGGCUUUGCCACAGGUAGGGUCCCCCCCGACCACGGGGGCUUCCCAGUUUGGCUGGAAGCUGGGGUUUUACACCCAGUUUUCCCGACAAACCCCCCCUCAACUCCUCCCUCCCCCUCCUUAGGGGUUGAGUAACUUUAAGAGGAUGAG